GAGCAGGCGGGCUUUGUCAGGGCUCAGCGUCUCCCUGCAGCUGCAAGACGGAGAAGAAAAGAGGCUGCCGUGGGUGCCACUGAGGCCCCUUGAGGGCCGAAACCGGCAGGCAGGGCCACUCCAGACCACCAGCCCCGAGUUUGUGGGGUCCCUGCCAGCCUCACCCUGGACUGACUGCCCACAGCACAGCGUGCCCAGAGGGAGGAGGCCAGCCCCACCCCAGUGUGGGAACCUGGGGCGGUGUCCUGCUUCUUGGUGAUCUGCCUGGGGUCCCCUCCUGCAAGCUGUCCCAGGCAGGAGUGGCUGAUGGCGCUGCACAGGCCUGUGGAGAACCCCUGGCUCUGCUUGUUUCCGUAUUUCUUGGUUUUCCUCCUCAAGGGAAGGUGAACCUCCUGAACUGCUCCACUUCAAAACUGCUGGGCAAGAAAAAGAUUUUCAGCAAAUCCUCCCAGCCCUCCAACCCUGUGCAAGGCCUGGGCUGGCCAACUCAAAGGACCCGGAACACAGCCAGCAGGGAGCCUGGCACCCACCCUUCCACCUCAGUGUCCUUGCAGAGUCUGACAACCUCAGACUGACACUUGAAGGUGCCUUUCCUCCACGAAGGUUUCCAGAAGAGGCACCAUGUGAGGGCAUGAAGUAGUUCCGGUGCUUAGCAGGAAGAGGAAUUGGGAACCAAGAUCCAGCCUCCUCAGCCUCCAGGAAGACCCCGGCCAGCCCCUCACAGAGCUCAGAGAACUCAACUUUGAGGAUGGAGCCAGGAGGGGUGUCCUCAAUGCCCCCAGCCCCCAUUGCCACCCGGGGGGAGCCAGAUGCUGGGCCUAGCAGUUCCUCCCUGGAGCAUCCAAGCACAGACCCGGGGAAGCUCCGAGCGCUCCCUGUUGGGCCUGGAGCCCACUGUGGUGACCCUGCCUCCGGGAGCCCUGGCAGCCAGGCCUCUGCGGGGGACGUGGGCUCUGUGAGUGAGCCCAGCAGCGGCACUAAGAUCCCUAACCGGGACAGCGGGAUAGACAGCCCCUCCUGCAGCGUGGUCGGCGAGCACUUCUCCUGUGAGGACGGCAGCGAGGCGGGCCCAGGCCCCACCAUCAAAGGGCUGCACCUGGAGACAGCCCCAGGUGGCAAGGCCCCACGGGAGGAGGCCGAUAGCGAUAUGGGCGAGGGCAGCAGUGAGGAGCCAGACCCCGAGAAUAGCCCCUUGAGGGCUGACGCGGAUCCAGCCAAGUGCGCUGAGCCCCAGAAGCUGCUCCACAUUGCCCAGGAGCUGCUGCAUACUGAGGAGACCUACGUGAAGCGUCUACACCUGCUAGACCAGGUUUUCUGCACCCGACUGAUGGAAGCAGGGAUCCCUUCGGAAGUCACCACAGGCAUCUUCUCUAACAUCUCCUCCAUCUAUUGCUUCCACGGGAAGUUCCUCCUUCCUGAGCUGCAGACACGGAUCACGAAUGAGUGGGACACAAACCCCCGGCUUGGAGACAUCCUGCAGAAGCUGGCCCCAUUCCUCAAGAUGUAUGGUGAAUAUGUCAAGAACUUUGACCGGGCCGUGGAGCUGGUGAGCACCUGGACCCAGCGCUCACCGGUAUUUAAGGACAUUGUCCAAGGCAUCCAGAAGCAGGAGAUGUGCGGAAACCUGACGCUGCAGCACCAUAUGCUGGAGCCCGUGCAGAGGGUCCCCCGCUAUGAGCUGCUGCUCAAGGACUAUCUGAAGAGGCUCCCAGAGGAUGCCCCAGACUGGAAGGAUGCAGAGAGGUCCUUGGAGCUCAUCUCCACAGCUGCCAACCACUCCAACGCUGCCAUUCGGAAAAUGGAGAAAAUGCACAAGCUCUUGGAGGUAUACGAGAGACUAGGUGGGGAGGAGGACAUCGUCAACCCUGCGAACGAGCUGAUCAAGGAGGGCCACAUCCAGAAGCUAUCAGCCAAGAAUGGCACGACCCAGGACCGCCACCUCUUCCUGUUCAACAGCAUGAUCCUUUACUGCGUGCCCAAACUGCGGCUCAUGGGCCAGAAGUUCAGUGUCCGGGAGAAGAUGGACAUUUCCGACCUCCAGGUGCAGGAUGUCGUCAAGUCAAAUGCAGCCUACACAUUCAUCAUAACUGGAAAGAAAAGGUCCCUGGAGCUACAAACUCGGACAGAAGAGGAAAAGAAAGAAUGGAUUCAGGUCAUUGAGGCCACCAUUGAGAAGCACAAGCAGAACAGCCAGACUUUCAAGGCCUUCAGUGGCUCCUUCGGCCAGGAUGAGGAUUCCUCUCUCACUCCAGACCCGCCUAUGGUGAGCUCCAACCCAGAGGUGCCUGCAGCGGUACCCACUGGUGGAGGGGGUGCUGCAGGGGUAAAAUAUGCCUGGAUGAAAUGUGAAUCAAGGCGGUACCUGGCCCUCAGGAGGCUCAGUCAAUGUGGGCGGAGAAGGCGUGGUCCAGGGUCAGAUAGCCUGUGUGCAUGUCCCCACCCCGACAGGGCCAGGCCCCGGGACUAUGCAGGAGUCUCUCCUGCUCUGUCAGUUUGGGAGAUUAGUAACAGGCUUGAGCCCAGGAGAGGGUCCUCUAAGACCAGACGUGACAAGGAGAAGCAGGGCUGCAGCAGCUGCGGCGAGACCUUCAACUCCAUCACCAAAAGGAAGCGCCACUGCAAGCUGUGCGGGGCGGUCAUCUGUGGGAAGUGCUCCGAGUUCAAGGCUGAGAACGGCAGGCAGAGCCGUGUCUGCGGAGAGUGUUUCCUGACCCAGCCGGUGGCCCCCUCGAGCCCCGGCCUCGAGGAGCCCUUGGAGCCCAAGCAGAGCACAGAGAAGCCAGCCACUGUGGACCCCCCGCCCAGCCUGCUCUGUGGCCCCCUGCUGGUGUCGGAUGGCGGCACAGCCUGGAGCAAGGUGUGGGCUGCCAUCUCUGAGUCGGACUCCCUGGAGUUGGUGCUGCACCUUCGAGGAGGCAGCCAGGAUGGCCAGCUGCUGCAUGCCAUCCCCCUCUCUGGCUGCAGGGUGAGUGUGCCAGAGCCCGCAGAGAGGCUGGAUGCUGGACACAUGUGGCAGCUGCAGCAGGCCCAGCAGUCUUUGUACCUGAGUGCCCCGUCCACCGAGCUGCAGCAGCAGUGGUUGGAGGCCCUGAGCUCAGCAGCCCACGGGCACCUGGCCCAGGCCAGCCCAGGGGCCCAGCAGCCCCAGGCCCCAGCUGCCCCAUGAGCUGAGUCUCUGCCGUGUCUCCUAGCUGUACAGCCACCGUGGCAGGGCCUGUACUCAUCUGAGAGGUGGCAUCAGGCCACAUGCAGGCAUGAAGGGAGCCUGGAUUGCUGAGGGACCAACAGGCCACAUAGCACUUGGCCCUGGAGGGUUCCUCCACGUCAGAGAGGAGAAAAAUGAGGCCCAAACAGGGGCAGCCAAUUGCCCAGGGUCACCCAGCACGUCCCUCAAAGACCCGGGCCUCUGCCUGCAGGCCCAGCAGUGUGGCCCAGAGCGGGGCGUGGGGUGACUGUCAAGAAAACUCCAUCUGAGUGGGCAGUGAGGGGUCAUCUGCGCCAGAAGACAGAAGAAGCUCAUGGGUGGUGCCCAGGACACCUGGUGGAUGUCUGCAGUCAUGCCACCCCUCCUGAUGGUUGCCCACCCAUCUAUACCAUCUACAUCCAUGUGAGCUGAACCAUACUGGCCCCCCGGACUCCACCUCUCUCCUCUUUCCUCUCCUGGGGACUGGGCACACCCUGUGCCACCUCGUAGCUCGCCACCCCAUUUGGAGAUGCCUAAGGGAGCGAGUGGUGGGUUCCUGAAUAGCCAUGCUGCGAAACUACAGGGGGACCACACAGGCGUCGUGAUCUGUGGCCUGAGAUUUGUGCCUGCCUCCCCUGGUCGGUGGUGGACAGUGCUUAUCUACAUAAAUAAAUGCUGGCAGCCAACAGGUGGACACAGCCUUGGGGCAGGGUCUCCCCACAGUGGGCCUGGUUGGCUGGAGAAUGAGGGUAACAGCUGGGCACAGCUGGUAAUGACGCCCUGGACCCCAAUCCAGGCCUGCAGGGUGCAAGUAACACCCCUGUGGUUGCCCCAGGAUGCAGCGGCACUAGACAGCGGGGCCUCAGACAAGGUACCAUGCCUGGAGACCUGCUCUGUGUCCCUGGUCAUGCUAGUGAGGUAGACAGGGCCAUUUGCCCCUGUAGCAAGUGGAGCCAGACUUAGAUACGGGAUCGUGGGAGUGCUGGCUACUCACAAAGAUGUCGGGAAGGUCUAUAUGCACCAGAGCCCCGAGGGCCUUGAAGGAGAGCAGAGGGACCUAGGAACUGAUGACUGAGGGGUGUCCAGUCCCUUGGGACCCCAUCCCUCUAACGUCCGCAAGGCACCCUGCGGGGAUGCCUGUCACUGCCCAGCCAUGGGCAGACUUGCAGGGCACAUACCUGUGGGCUGAGAGGGUCAUUGUGGGAGCCAGAAAUGGAUGACUGGUCAUGGGUGAGGCAGGGGUG